AACACAUCCUUCUUUAGUCCAGUGGAGGGCGCAACAAGUCUACAUUUUGACAGGGGGGUUUUGCCUCUAAUUUAUGAGGGCGAGGGUUAAAAAACUACUGCGCAUGUACGUGCACUAUGCUCCGCCAUCCAGUGGGGUAAUCGUCUUCCUCUUUUGGAGAGAACUUCGCCUGCCUGCCUUUGCAUGCAUUGGAUUUGAUUAUAUUUGUGUUUCGGUCCUCGGUAUGGACUCUCAAAAAGAGGCCUUACAAAGAAUAAUAACCACAUUGGCCAAUAAAAAUGAGGAGCUCCAUAACUUCAUGGAAACACUUAGUCACUCUCUGGCUGGUGUCCAGGUGAACUCCCCACAAGCAGUGUCAGACCUGGAGGAGGAGUUUGACACGUUAUUCACCGUCCUGGUUGAGAUGAAGGAGAGCAUGAUCAGCACCAUCAAACAGGAAGCGGCCAAGAAGACACAGGAAAUACAGCAUCAACUGACACAGAGCGGCAGUGCCUUGAAGAGUGCAGUGGAGCUGCUGGAGUUUGCAAACAAAGCUCUGGAUAUUAACGACGAGGACGAGUUCACUAAGGCUGCCAAGCAGAUCAAAGAUAGGGUAACCAUGGCCCCAGCCUUCAGACUGACCAUGAAGCCCAAGGCCACAGACAACAUGAACCAUCUCAUGGUGGACUUCAACCAGGAGCGACAACUCCUCCAGAACCUCAGGUUUCUGCCUGUCCCUCGAGCCCCAGAGAUAGAGGUAGGGGACUGUCUGGUGUUAGACAACACGGUGUCCGUAGCCUGGAAGAUGCCAGUGGAGGACAGUAAGAUAGACCACUACAUACUGGAGUACAGAAAGACCGACCACGAAGGACUGCCACGCAUCAAAGACCAACGGUGCUGGGAGGUGGUGGACAACAUCAAGACCACAGAAUACUCACUGUCCGGUUUAAAGUUUGACUCCAAGUUCAUGAACUUCCGGGUACGAGCUUGCAACAAGGCAGCAGCUGGAGAAUACUCUGAUCCAGUUACUCUGGAAACCAGAGCGUUUAACUUCGGUUUCGACUCGUCGUCGUCCCAUCUGAACCUGAAGGUAGAGGACAGGACUGUGGAGUGGGACCCCCAGGGGGGAAAGGGGCUGGAGAGCAAGGUCAAGGGCAAGGAGAACAAGGGCAGCGCUCAUCUUACCAAUCUGAAGAACAUGUCAAGAAGUGGAACUCCGUCUCCCAAGAGAACGUCAGCGACACGAUCACCUGCUAUCAGAGGAGGCAGAGACCGGUUCACUGGAGAGUCCUACACCGUGCUAGGUGAUACCAGUAUGGACUGUGGUCAACACUACUGGGAGGUGAAAGCCCUUAAAGACUGUAAGUCCUAUAGUGUUGGGAUCUCCUACAGGAACCUGGGAAAGUUUGACCAGCUGGGUAAGACCAACACUACCUGGUGUAUCCACAUCAACAACUGGCUGCAGGCUUCCUUCGCUGCCAAGCACAACAACAAGGCCAAGAGCCUGGACGGCACCGUACCUGAUCGCAUCGGAGUCUUCUGUGACCUGGACUCAGGACAACUGUCCUUCUACAACGCUGAAACCAAGCAGUUGAUCCACACGUUCAAGGCUAAAUUUAGCCAACCUGUUGUACCGGCCUUCAUGGUAUGGUGUGGAGGACUGAGCCUCAGUACAGGCAUGCAGGUCCCCAGUGCAGUCAAGAGUUUCCAGAAGACUGAGAACGGCCUGGGAGGAUCAAACAGCAGCCUCAACAGCAUGGCCCAGUAGCCCACACUGACUGGCUGCAUCUGAAACAGCACCCUAUUCUCUACUCAGUGCACUACUGUUGCUCUAUGCAGGCUCUAGUCAAAAGUAGUGCACUAUAUAUAGGGAAUAGGGUUCUAUAGGGCUCUGGUCUAAAGUAGUGCACUAUAUAUAGGGAAUAGGGUUCCAUUUCGGACGCAACCAAUAAUGAACUGAACUCGCUCCUCUGACUUCCUGCUUCCUGUGCAAGUACAACCCCUUCCUGUUUCUGAUCUGUCAACCCGAGCUGCACCGCUGCAGAUGCGCUGCGAGACAUGAGAAACACUGAGCGUUGGAGGAACAAAACCAGCCUCGCCUUCACUCCUCGCAGUUUAACCAAGCCGCUCCAGACCCUCAGAGGGUAUCAUCACGCAUCAGGGCUCUCCAAGCCUGUUCCCGGAGAGCUACCGUCCUGUAGGUUUGACCCUAACCUAGCACACCUGAUGCUAAUAAUAAUAAUAAUAAUAGCUGAUUCAUAAGCUGAAAUUGGGGUUGGUGUGAACCUACAGGAAGGUAGCUCUUCAGGAACAACCAAUAACCCAGCUGCAGCAUUAAGGGUUAGUGGAACCCUCUUAACUCAUGUUCCAGAUCGCUUAGAGGUGUUCCAACAUUUAUAUUAAGAUUUGUCAUUCUGGAGCAGGAAUGCUAGACGUUUAAUCAGGGAAUAGAUGAGUGCACUUUUCUCUCCUUUUGUUUUAGUUAGAAGAGUUUUACAUCGUUCUGUCUCUCUGAAGUGUGAACGGCAUGACGACACACCAUGUUGAUUACUACUUAACAGCGCCUGUAUUGACUCGUAUAUUUCUGUGUGUGUGUGUGUGUGUGUGUGUGUGUGUGUGUGUGUGUGUGUGUGUGUGUGUGUGUGUGUGUGUGGUUUUGUGUUUGUGUGUGGUUGUGUAUGACUAUAGCCGUGUCAGUGAAUGGAUUAUAGCUCCUCCCUCUCUCGUAGAGGCGUCGUUUUGGUUUGAACCCUCAGUUUCUUCAGUAUGCUACUGAACAAUAUCUUGUCCGAACUAAACUGCAGCUUUGCACUAAAUACAGUACCUGAAGCAGGGUUGACUUAACUUACCUUUAUGAUGUCGUUCUGCCGUUUUCUUCUCAUGAUUGACUUCGUCCUGUUAGUUGUGCAGCAGACUUGGUGUGACCCUGUGUAGGCGUCCCAAAUCACACCCUAUUCCCUAUAUAGUGCACUACUUUUGAACCAAGGGGCCCCUGUGACGAUCCCUGGUCAUGCAACUGUCCCUAUGGGGGCCUGGGCAAAAGUAGUGCCCUAAUAUAAAGGACUAGGGUUCCAUUUGGGACGCAGGCUGUGAACCUAGACGUCAGAGUGUGUUGAUCUGUGUCUGUACGUCAUUGAGAAUUGUGUGUUCUUAUUCAUGUCUUAUGGCGCCCUAUUCUCUUUUUUUAUAGUGCACUAAAUAGGGAAUAGGGUGCCGUUAAGGACUCUCGUAUUACUGUACCUUUUUUAAAGCGUUCAGAAGUUAAUCUCGUGAUAUGGCAACAAAAAAAACGGCAGUUCUUAAAUGAGGUACCUUUUUUUGUUGAAAAGGGUGAUAGACAUCAGAUAUACACUGAGCGUGCAAAACAUUAAGGACACCUUCCUAAUGUCGAGUUGCAGCCCCUUUUGCCCUCAGAACGACCUCAAUUUGUGGGGGCAUGAACAAGGUGUUGAAAGCGUUCCACAGGGAUGCUGGCCCAUGUUGACUCCAAUGCUUCCCACAGUUGUGUCAAGUUGGCUGGAUGUCCUUUGGGUGGUGGACCAUUCUUGUUACACACAGGAAACUGUAGAGUGUGAAAAACCCAGCAGCUUUGCAGUUCUUGACACACUUAAACCGGUGCGCCUGCCACCUACUAUCAUACCCCGGUCAAGGUCACUUAAAUCUUUUGUCUUGCCCAUUCACCCUCUGAAUGGCACUCAUACACAAUCCAUGUCUCCAUUGUCUCAAGGCUUAAAAAUCCUUCUUUAACCUGUCACCUCCCCUUCAUCUACACUGAUUGAAGUGGAUUUAACAAGUGACAUCAAUAAGGGAUCAUAUCUUUCACCUGGAUUCACUUGGUCAGUCUAUGUCAUGGAAAGAGCAGGUGUUCCUAAUGUUUUGUCCACUCAGUGUCAUAUUGAUGCAUGCGGUCGUCAUCAGUUGGAAUGAGAUGUCUGUCCAAAUUGUGUCAAAACCACCAAAGAUUACGUUUAGUGAGGGGAAAUUGAUAUGUGAAUACUUUAUAUUCUGCCACCUGGUGUCUGGAUGAUGUCAUUGUAAUAAUUCAGGACGAGAUCCUACAGCCACACCUCUCUGACCACUACACACUACAACCAGACACAUCUCUGACCACUACAGCCAGACACAUCUCUCUGACCACUACACACUACAACCAGACACAUCUCUCUGACCACUACACACUACAACCAGACAUCUCUCUGACCACUACACACUACAGCCAGACACAUCUCUCUGACCACUACACACUACAACCAGACACAUCUCUCUGACCACUACACACUACAACCAGACACAUCUCUCUGACCACUACAACCAGACACAUCUCUCUGACCACUACACACUACAGCCAGACACAUCUCUGACAACUACACACUACAACCAGACACAUCUCUCUGACCACUACACACUACAACCAGACACAUCUCUGACCACUACACACUACAACCAGACACAUCUCUCUGACCACUACACACUACAACCAGACACAUCUCUCUGACCACUACAGCCAGACACAUCUCUCUGACCACUACACACUACAACCAGACACAUCUCUCUGACCACUACACACUACAACCAGACACAUCUCUCUGACCAC